ACAGCAUGAAUACACUUGUUCUCACAGAAUGAACACACCGGCUGUCACAGAAUAAAUGCACUUGUUCAUCAGAAAAUAACAAUAAUGUGUACAGAGACCUAGGAAACGCGACUCUCAGCUCCCAAGUUCCGGUUCCUACGCUCACUUGCUUCUGUCGACUAGGUUCGAUAUUUGUGCUAUAAGUGAGGACCCUAUCAGUCAUCGAAGGUAAAGAAGGAAGUCAGAAGCAAAAGGAAAACUAUUUUUUCAAUAAUAGAGUAAUUCCCCCGCAUCUUAUCUUUCCUUUUAUUUCCUUUCAUCUUGUUAUACCAUGACAAAACGUUUAAGAGAUGAAGAGUUUGAUGAUCCUUCUUCUCCAGAUCCGGAGAUCACAGAGAGCCUCAAUAAAUCGGUAGCACAGGAAACAAAAUCUACCUCAAUUUCUACACCUUCAGCCUCCUCCAAAAUUGUCCACCUUGAGCAGGAGAGCGGCGAAAGCCCGUCAAUAAUGCGGUGCUCUUUGCCAGGUCAUCAGCGGUCUUUAUCCUUCCUUUCAUACGAUGAAUAUGAAGUACACUACAAGAAGUCUCACAUGAACCGAUGUUUGGAGUGUCGCAAGAACUUUCCUUCGGAACACUUUCUUAACCUUCACAUCGAGGAAAACCAUGAUGCGUUGGUUAGUGUCAGAAAGGAUAGAGGAGAAAAGAUCGUAAGAGAACCCUUGAGCGUGUCUAGUUUAUAUCUACUAAUUCUCAAGUAGUAUUCUUGUUUUGUUGAAGACUGUGAUAGAAAGUGCUCAACUCCUCAAAAGAGACGUAUGCAUCUCAUCGACAAACACAUGUUCCCUCAGCAGUAUGACUUCUUCGUUGUGAAUGACGGCAUUGAUCACAAAAGCUCUAUGCUCAGAUCAGGACGCCAUGGACAUCGAAGACAUAGCUCAGCAGUACAAAUGAAACCUGAAGAAGUUAAGCAACGCGCGGCCACUGCUGAGCUUACUUCGAGCAAGCACGGUACUGAAGGAGAGGAGUUUGCUAGUAGACCCAAUGACGCCUCGGCGCUGAAAGAGAAUGAUGGCAUGGAAGGAUUAGAGACUUCAGUGCCAGUUCUCAAGCAAGAAGAUGAUCAAAUGAAGGGUCUAGAAACAGCCAUGUCAGCAUUGAGAUUUGUUCCGACCAGUGUCAGGUUUGGAAGAGGGCGUGGAAGGGGAAGGGGAUUUAGCAGGGCCUGAUAUGACCUGGGCUAACGAUUUUAUGAUGUUACGAAAGAAUCUAUGUUAGCACAUGAGCACUUGUUGUAUUUUACGCAACUCGUGACUAUGUAGCAUGUGAGACUUUUAUGAUGAACGAGCAAUGGAUUCCAUAGCUAUGGCUACAGUAACACGUAGAUGAAGUCAACUACUAAAUGAAG